AUGCAUUGGAUUACAACAACCCUUCCGUGGAUCCUCGCGUCCUUCUGGGCAACAGUAAUAUUGGCCCAGGCCCCAGCACCAAACCAAACAUUCCCCACGCCCGCCUUUACUUACGACAAUUCCUCUUUCCUCCUACAUGGCUCACCCUUUGUCAUCAUAGGCGGCCAAAUGGACCCCCAACGCAUUCCACCCAUCUACUGGCGGGACCGACUCUCCAAAGCCCGCGCCAUGGGCCUCAACACCAUCUUUAGCUACGUGUAUUGGAACCUGCUCGAGCCGGUGCAGGGACAAUGGACCAGUUCCGACCCGUCCAAUGACGUCGUGACCUAUUUCCGGAUCGCGCAGGAGGAAGGUCUGCACGUCGUUCUUCGCCCAGGACCUUACAUCUGCGGCGAACGGGAAUGGGGCGGUUUCCCCGCGUGGCUGAGCCAGGUACCGGGGAUGGUGGUGCGGACGUAUAACGAGCCCUUUCUCGCAGCAGCGAAGAGCUACCUUGAGCGCCUUGCAGAUGAUCUGAAGGAGUUACAGGUCUCAAGGGGCGGGCCGUUACUUAUGGUGCAAGUUGAGAAUGAGUAUGGUUCGUACGGGGAAAAUCACAAUUAUACGGCCGCGCUAAGGGACAUAUUGCUGGAUAACUACGAGAUCCCGCUGUAUACUAACGACGGCGGGGUGGACUGGACCCUAGCCGGGGGCGAGGUGCCCGGCGCCCUCGCCGCCAUCGACGGAGAUCCGUCCUCAGGUUUCAGGGCUAGAGACAUGUACAUCACCGACCCGAGUGAACUGGGACCGCUCAUGGAUGGCGAGUACUACACGUUCGCCCCGGACUUCUGGGGUAGCGAAAACGUGCACAACACCACUGUCGGCCGCCCAGAGCAAAUCACGCAGUUCCUCAAGGAUCUGGACUUUGUGCUGGGGGCGAAUAACUCGAUUAGCUUGUACAUGUUCCACGGGGGCACCAAUUUCGCGUUUAGCAACGGCGCUAUCUGGAAGAAUUUCACGGCGGCGUUUACGACGAGUUAUGACUAUGGGUCGCCGUUGGAUGAGAGUGGAAGGACGAAUGAGUUGUAUUUCACUCUGAGGGAUAAGAUUUUGGAGUAUGUGCCUGAGGGGAGUGUGCCGGAGCCGGUGGCGAAUUUACCCAGGUUGGCGAUUCCUAGUUUUGGGUUGAGGCCGGUGGUGUUGUUGUUUAACACACUGGGGAAGAAGCAGGUGCGUGACAAACCCGAGACCAUGGAGGCUUUUGGGCAGGCAUACGGAAUGAUACUUUACGAGCAUCAUAUCAAUGCGACGUAUGAAGGCAAGCUGCAGCCGGGGGACCGGGCAAGGGACAGAGUUAUGGUUUAUGUGAAUGAGAAGCGAGUGGGGGUCAUCGACAGCACGUACAGAAACCCGGCAAAUGUGAGCGUAUUCGUGAAGCCGGGGGAUAAGCUGCAGCUGCUGGUGGAGAAUCUCGGGAGAGUUGACUACUGGUCCAGAGAGUCGGGGACUUUUGUUGCGCUGGAAGAUCCAUACAAAGGGAUCGUGGGUGAUGUUGCCAUUGGGAAUGAGACGGUUGGUGGUUGGGAUAUAUACUGCCUGACGCUUGAUGAGCCUCCUGAGGCCGGGAAUACAACGGCGAAGGUGGAUAUUUCCGAUGGGGUGCCGCCGGCGUUCUAUCAGGCCAAGUUCUGGGUUGAAGGCACCAAGGACACGGAUCCAACCACGUUGGAUACCUUUGUGGCUGUCCCGACUGGAGUGAAGGGGAAUGUUUGGGUGAAUGGAUUUAACCUUGGGCGAUAUUGGAUCAUUGGGCCCCAGCAAUCGCUUUACCUGCCUGGUACUGUGCUCGUUCCUGGAACCUGGAAUGAGGUCGUAGUGCUUGAGCUUGAGCCUACUGGUGCUGAAAUGACCGUUUACGGAGCGGAUGAGAGGAAAUGGGGCAAUAACCCUGAUCCAGAUGCCCCUUGA